UCGAUCGGUGCCAGGCAGAGAUGGCAGCCCCGCUCACCUAUGGUUCAAUGCUUCUUCUCUGUCUCGGCGUCCUACGCCUAACCCAUGCCGCCCACAACUCUUCUCACGAUCACUUCCUGAAGCCCCACAACGGCGCUCGCGCCGAGGUCGGCGUCCGCAAGCUCUCGUGGAACGGCACCCUGGCGGCAUACGCCCGGCGGCACGCCGAGAGGAGGAGGCUUGACGGCUGCAAGAUGGCGCACUCGCGCGGACCCUACGGGGAGAACGUCUUCUGGGGCAGCGCCGGGCGGCGGUGGACUGCGGCGGACGCGGUGGAGGCGUGGGUCGACGAGCGCUCGGACUACGACUGCGCCAAAAACGCCUGCAGGCGGAAGCGCGCGUGCGGGCACUACACGCAGGUGGUCUGGGCACGCACCAAGAGGCUCGGGUGCGCGUCGGCGACGUGCGAUGACGGCGGCGGCACGUUCGUCGUGUGCAGCUACGACCCGCCGGGCAACGUUCGCGGGGAGACGCCGUACCGUGGUUGCGGGCACGACCAGGGUAUUGCGGCCGUGUACGCAGUGUGACUUGGUCGAUGCCGGCCAGGCCGGGUAUCUAGUACUGCCACUGUCCAUCCAAAUGCAGCUACCGUCAGAUCCAUGUCAUUCAUUUCAGCAUACACACUUGCAAGUAGGAGAGUCUGAUAACUCCUUCCAGUGUAAUGUACUGUGUAUUUGCUAAACUUCUUUUGCACUGAUCCUAUGUACUCCCUCCGGUUCACAAUAUAAAACGCUUUGGCAAGCUGUA